AAGAAACAGUAACGUUCAACCGUCAUCACAUUAUAGACUAUAGAGUUGAUUCUCGAGAGAGGCACCAACGUCUCACAUGGCGAAAAAGGCUAAAGCUUCUCCACCCUCUGCUUCCGCCUCCACCCCCACCUCCUCCGGCAAACUAGUGUUGAGGAUUAAAUCAAAUGAGGGAAUGAAGAGAUCCGUGCGGCAGACUAAGUCAAGAGAGAUAACCAAAGCAAAGCAAAGAAAGAACAAGCAAAAGAUUGAUGCUAAGAAGCCAAAGAAACCCCCCACUGCUUUCUUCUACUUCAUGGAGGAUUUUCGGAAAGAGUUUCAAGAGCAGAACCCAGAUGUAAAGUCAAUGCGUGAUGUUGGCAAGGCAUGUGGAGAUAAGUGGAAAACAAUGACUUAUGAGGAGAAGGUUCAAUACUAUGAUAUAGCAACGGAAAAACGUGCAGAAUUUGAUAGAGCAAUGACAGAGUAUAACAAGAAAAUGGAAAACGGUGAUUAUGAAGAAAGUGAUGAGGAGUCAGAGUAUGACGAGUAAAACUAAGUAUUCAUUUUCUUGUUUAUAAGGCUUCACCUGUAUUAGUUGAAACUACUUGGGGACUUUAAGUUGUAUAUUCAGUUGUAGUCAAA